GUCUGGAGCCACGAUACCGAACCGAGUGGAGAUAGAUCAAAUCCUUCAGAUCAAGUCGCCGGGUGGGUUCGAUGAGCAUCAGCUGCAGACGCGCAGUUUAGUGGUGAAGCAACAGGCGGCGAAACGCGGAGCCGGUUGUGACAUUUUAGUGUGGAACUCUCCUCUCUGCUGCUUCACACGGACACACGCUGCUGCUGUGGCUCGGUGUCGUGUGAGUCCGCGCUCCGGAGAGGCGCCGUGGACAGCUUUUUACGCGCGGUCGUGUAACUGGGAAGAGGAAAGAGGGCGGUCAGAGUUUGACGGCGCUGCUUUCACUGCGGCUCACACGUGUGAUUUAGAGUCCACGCAUGCUGGAGAGGAGCUCCGCGCACUCGAUGCCCGCCUUGGUGAUGCCAUGCCCCGGAACCACAGCGGAGACGAAGGCGGCACCGGGCUCUGGAUGAGGACGUCGCCGGGGCACCGAACCGAAGGCUACGGUUUGAAAGAUGUGGAGUCCGGACGAAGGAUGAUGAUGAUGAACAACGCGGGAGACGGUUUGCUGUCAGCCUCCGCCGCCACAGGUGCCGGUGCCGGUGCCGGUGCCGGCGGCUCGGACAGCCUGCGGGGGAAGCAGGGCGCCCGGCUCAGCCUGCUGGGGAAGCCGCUCAUCUACAGCGCGCAGAGCGGCCGCAGGAACGUGCGCUACCGGCGGCUGCAGAACUACCUGUACAACGUGCUGGAGCGACCGAGAGCCUGGGCGUUCAUCUACCACGCGUUCGUGUUCAUCCUGGUCUUCAGCUGCCUGGUUCUGUCGGUGUACUCCACCAUCCCGGCCCAUCAGGACUUCUCCUCCCACUGUCUGCUCAUCCUGGAGUUUGUGAUGAUUGUGGUGUUCGGCUUGGAGUACAUCAUCCGGAUCUGGUCGGCGGGAUGCUGCUGUCGCUACAGAGGAUGGCAGGGUCGCCUUCGCUUCGCCAGGAAACCAUUCUGUGUCAUAGACAUCAUCGUGCUGAUAGCAUCGGUGGCCGUGGUGUCGGCCGGCAGUCAGGGAAACAUCUUCGCCACAUCGGUGCUGCGGAGCCUCAGAUUCCUGCAGAUCCUUCGGAUGGUGCGAAUGGACCGAAGAGGAGGAACCUGGAAGCUGCUGGGAUCCGUCGUCUACGCACACAGCAAGGAGCUGGUCACCGCCUGGUACAUCGGCUUUCUGGUCCUGAUCUUCUCUUCCUUCCUCGUCUACCUUGUGGAGAAUAAGUUCAACAAGGAGUUCGCAACCUACGCUGAUGCCUUGUGGUGGGGAACGAUUACCCUGACAACCAUCGGCUAUGGAGACAAGACGCCAAAAACAUGGACAGGACGGAUGUUGUCUGCAGGGUUCGCCCUCCUGGGCAUUUCCUUCUUUGCCUUACCAGCAGGUAUUCUAGGUUCAGGCUUUGCCUUGAAGGUCCAGGAGCAGCACAGACAGAAGCACUUUGAGAAAAGACGGAACCCAGCCGCCUACCUCAUCCAGUGUGUUUGGCGUAGUUAUGCGGCUGAUGAGAACUCGGUUUCCAUUGCUACCUGGAAGCCUCACUUGAAGGCGUUGCAUACCUGCAGCCCUACAAAGAAGGAGCAGGGAGAGUCGACGACAAGCCAGAAGUUGAGCUUCAAGGAGCGGGUGAGGAUGGCAAGCCCCCGCGGUCAGAGCAUCAAGAACCGGCAGACGUCUUCUGUAAACGACCGGCGGUCCCCGGGGGCCGAUGCCGGCACCGAGGGAACAAGUCCCGCCAAGGUCCAGAAGAGCUGGAGCUUCAACGACCGCACCAGAUUCAGGCCUUCGCUCCGCCUCAAGAGCCAGUCACGCUCCACCACGGACGGCGAGUCCAACAUGGCAGCUGAGGAUGGUUUUGAUGAUAAAGGAUGCCAUUGUGAGAUCUCUGUGGAGGACUUGUUGCCCUCAGUCAAGUCUGUCAUCAGAGCUGUCAGGAUAAUGAAGUUCCAUGUAGCCAAGAAGAAGUUUAAGGAGACGCUGCGUCCGUACGAUGUGAAAGAUGUGAUAGAGCAGUACUCAGCCGGUCACCUGGACAUGCUGUGUCGCAUCAAGAGUCUGCAGACCAGGGUGGACCAAAUCCUCGGCAAGGGCCAGAUCCCUUUGGAUAAGAAGAUUCGAGAGAAGCUGCUGUCUGAUGGAGAUUUACUGGAGGACAUGAGCAUGUUGGGUCGAGUCUGUAAGGUGGAGCGGCAGGUCCAGUCAAUCGAGUCAAAGCUCGACUCCCUGCUCGACAUUUAUCGGCAGGUUUUACGCAAAGGCUCGUCUUCAGCCCUCACGCUCUCCUCUCUCCCACUCUUCGAGCUGGAACAGACCUCUGACUACAACUCCUCAGUCUUCAGUAAGGACCUGCCCUGCUCACCACAGGUCGGCGGUGGAGCGCCUCCCCCCGGAGGCUUUGUCACUCACUCCUCCACCAACUCCCACCUCCCCCAGGGGGGACUCCAUCUCAUUCUGGCUCCCCCAAACGAGCUCAACCUCAAUCUCAAUGCCUCCUCCUCCACACCUCCCUCUGGCCUCGCAUCCUCCUCUUUCAGUCCUUCUCCGCUGCCUCAUCACCAUCAUCACCACCAUCAUCAUCCUCAUCACCACACCCAGGCUCAGGCUACCACACCUGAAAGUGUCACCGAUGAGGCAGUGGGGAGUUCUCCACCCAUCCUCACUCCAAACAGUGUCAGCAGUUCUGGGGUUAGAGGAGUCAGAGAUGGAGGGUUUCCUCUUCUGACGAGGCUUCCGCCACCGCCCCCUCCCAGCCGGAGCAGUGGUUCUGGCAACAUGGUGCGGACGACAUCCACAGAAGUGUCCCCUGACAUGGAGGAUUUCUGUGGAGGUUUAGAGACGCAGAUGGAGGACAACAGUGUCGGGGAGGACCUCAGCCUUGGAUUGGGGUUGGGCAGACUGGGGCAGCAGCUACAGGACAAAGGCAACAGCAGGCUUAACACAAAGGAAGAGGGUUCCUGGAGGAGACAUAUGAGCCUGGAGCUGGAGCCUCUGGUGCCGCCAGUUCUGGGCUGCUGCUCUGGGCCCAUCCAGAUGGACCGAGGACUGGGCAAGUCCAUGUCAGUGCAGGACCUGAUGCAGGGAGCACCAGGAACCGUCCACGACGCAAGACACGGCCACAGCCUGUCGUCUCCGAGCCCCAGUACGAGCAGCGACUCUCCCGUUGGCUUUCACAGCUGUAGCCAAGACCCCGGUGGAGGAGGGGGAGGUGGUACAGGCAGGAGUGGUGGAGGUGGUGGGUGGGGUGAGGAGGACCUCUUUAUUAGUGACAGAGACAUAGAGGCGAAGGGGUUUGACUUUCUGUCACAGGGGACUACAGAGGCCCACAUCUACACCUCGGAGAUCCUGAGGACAGGGGGCAGAGCUGGGGUGGGGUCCCAGGGCUCAAACCGUAGCCUGGCCAGCGGUCAAACAUCCUCCCCCUCUGCCAGCAGCACCGAACUGCUGAACAUGCCGCACGUACGGCUAAAAUAGACCCGGCUACAUGUUCGUAAGGCACACAAAUGUCACCUCACUGAUGGUUUUUAUCCUUUUUGGAGGGUGGGACUAAAAUAUGGGGUCCCUUUUGUUUGCUUAUUUUCAUGUUGAUCCAUUUGAUAAGAAUCAUAGUAUUUUCAUACAGGCUGAUCACAUACGGCAUUUUGUUGCAUGAAUUAUUCUUUUUAUGAAGUAGGAUUGACAAAUCUGAGAUAAAAUAUUGACAAAUGAGAACACAGACUCCAAAAACAACUUCAAUAAGAAACGCAGCCCCUGAAAGACGGUUUGGUAAAAUGUGACCUCGACGCACAGCAUGAUGAACUGCAUGUUUUUAGUCAAAGGUACAGAGAUUUACAAGGUACAGUUUACACUCAAAGAUGGGAACUAACCUGACACUGAUGGAAACCCACUUUGAGAACACCACUGAUGUCUGUUGCACAGAUAAAGAAGAUGUAUUUCUGUCUCUGCCAUGACAUGAUAGGCUUCCACACUGAAAUGAAUGUUACCUCACAGUUGCCAAAUGUUGACAUUCUCUGUAAACCCAUAACCAGAUCAUGUCAAGUUUGUAUCCUUAAAUUAUAUGAAUCCUAAACCACGAAUCAAACCGAUGAUGCCCACGAUCUUUUUAAAUGUACCAAACUCAGAAGAACCACAGCAGUAAUGUGAAUGCAGGCAAUACAAUUCUCAUUUUUAUGGAUUCUUUGUACACUCUCAGGCAUCCGUACUUUGAUUUAUAGAAAAUUCUGUACAGUAAAUCAAUUAGCAGACUUCUAAAACAUGCUUCAGCAGCGUAAUCUCUUCCAGUGAACUACAGUUAUGAAUUUUAAAGGGACAGUUUGAUCCACUGUGGAGGGAAACAGCAGUGAAACAUAUUUACUAAACCUAAAGAAAUCAAUCAGUUUAAGCAUUUAUAUAUAUAUAUAUAUAUAUAUAUAUAUAUAUAUAUAUACAUCAGUUAAAGAAUAUAUAAUGUUUUAACUGAUACAGAUAGUUUUAGGUGGAUGGCAUACAAAGCUUCUGUGCUGGUCCGCCUGUGUGUUUCUCCAAACAGAGUUAACUGACCUCAAUCUUCUUUUUGUAUUGCGGUUACUAUGAACACUUCAAAUAAUCUGAACUAUCCCUUUAAGUGCAAGUAAGGUUUAAUAUGUGUGUUGCAACAAUAUCAGAAGUUACCUGAAACAAGUGGGUUUGUAAAGCCUGCUAAGAUAGAUUUAUAUUUCAUACUGUCAAUGCCAGAUUUCUCAAAAACAUCAAGAGAUGUGAUCUUUUAGGGCAGAAUAAUAAUCUGAAUCACAAUUCUCUCCACAAAAUUAGCUGAAGUCAUCUAAUUAUUUGUGUAUAUGGUUAUCUGGAUACAAUGCCUGUCACUUUAACUCAAGACUAAAUGCCUAAUUAAAAAAAACAAUCUAUUUUAUUAUGAAGUAGUGAUAUGUACUCUGAACUUCGUAAAGAAGCAUCAAACCAGCAGUUGCUGCUAACCAAAGACAGGUCACUGUUGUGGCGGUCCUUGAUAUCCUUCAGCUGCCUCUAAAGUCAGUCUCUCUUCCUGAGGACAAGUUCCAUCUCCACAGUCUUGGACUACAGCUGGUGGUCAAUAAUAGUCGAUGAUGUUAUCACAGGAAUAGUUUGGCAUCUUAUUCUUUGAGUCCUUCACCUGCAGCAGGUUCUAGUUGGUCUGAUCAUCCAGAGAGCAGAACAAAACCUACCAUCACCACCUGCAGUCCAAGAGGGAGGAGUUAGAGUUUGGAGAGGCAACUGAAUGAAUUGAGGACCACAACAGCAACCUGACCAGCCUGCAAAUGUAAACCAAGAUGAGACGGGACUUUCUGGUUAAUAAUGACUGAAAUACUUAGAUAUUAGGACUUUAGACUGCAACCGAAGUGGGUACAUAUUCACACCAUUUUGAGAGUGCAAAAAUAAACGGAGAAGGUGCAGGCAGAGAGAUACUGACUAAACCAGUGAUUUACAAGAGGUAUCACAUUCAGUCAUAAUGGUUAAUGCAUUACUAGGGCUGCAAAAUUACAUGAAAAUUAAUCACAAUCAUGAUUUUGGUGUUCUGCAAUUAAAUAUAAUUGAUGGGGAUAAAAAAAAACUCAGCACAUGGGAAACAGAUGUAGAUAAAAUGUCUUGUUUCAACUUGAGUAAAUGUGACAUUAGGAUGCCAUAUUUUACUGUUUUUAAAGUAUUUUUGGACUACUGUAGCCUGCAUGUGAGGCAUUUAGAGAACAAUGGUAAACUGUAGUGUCUAUCAAUAUGCAGCUGUUCAGCAGGUGAGGAGUUUAGCUUAUAGGUGUGGUAUCAGAAAACCUCCAGGAAAAGAUUGGCAAAAUGUCUAUAUUUUGCAAAUAUCAAGUCUGAAGUCAUUAUCAAUUUUUAUAUCAAUGCAAAACUAGAAUAGCAAAGACAACAUUUCAUUAGCAUGCAAGGUUGUUUGACAAAAAAAAAAGGAUGGGGAAGUACGAUCAAAUUAUGUGCCAACGCUAGUCUGGAGCCCUGCAUACAGCGUCAUAAAUAAGAUUCAUUUAAAAAGCAGAGAAUAAGUCGAACUGCCCACGAUAUCAGCUUGGCCACCCCUAAUGUGAUGUCCCUGUGAGUUGUAGUAAACAAGCUACAACAUGCAAACACAUUUCAUUUUUGCUCAACUCUGAUUAGGUAGAUAUCUUGUUUUGAAACUCUUUGACAGAUGUUCUUGUUGCACCAUGUUGAAAAAAAUGUAUGGAUAUUCUCAGUAUGCACAUGUAAAGACAAGGAUGCCCAUUCACACAUACAGCCAGCAGGGAGGCCCCAUGUCCACCAUCCUGUGGAGGACCUUCAGUACAGAUUAGUGGAGGAACAGAUCAAUUAUGCACUGAUCAGUUGGUUCUCCAGCUGAUCACAGCCAUGGACUGAAACACUUCUUGAAUGUUAUUUUCUGGUGUAAAAAAAAACAAACCUGUUUGAUAUUUUGUCUGAAUAGGUGUGACCUCGCAAAGCACUUUGUUUUGGUUCAGAAACAGAUACACUGAGAAAUGUUCAGAGAUUUAACUUUGUAUUGCAGUCGGCUUUUUGCCACCCUGUUUCUACAUGAAUGGAAGAUUAUAAGAUCUUAUUUAAAUCACAGUCAGUGUUUCUUUUUUCAUACAGUCUAAUGUGGGAUUACUUUUUCUUCCUUGAAGUGGACUUGCUGCAGAAUGCAUCGCUUAUUAGUAUGAACAGAACAUCUAUUGCUUGAACUGCUGAGCAGUGACAUCAACACGACUAAUUGUCAACUUCUCCCCACUGCAUGGUACAGAGUCAGUGUGUUGAGUAAGAUUAAGGCCUUGAUUAUACUCUCUUGUGGAUGCACACAUGUACGGCUGUAGACACCUCAGACAUGUACUCAUUCUAUAUUAUACUACAGUACUCUCUAGUCUGUGCCUACAUAUUCCACGCAUGAACAGCAUUUACAGAGGGGUUUGCGCAGAUGAUGUUGGAGUGUCAUUUAUUAAACACUUCUGAUUCUGCUCGUCGAUUCCGGUUCUUUGCGGGCAGGUGGUUAAAUUCCUACAACAGUGAAAUCACGCUUUUACCUCAAUGCAUGAGCAACAAUAAUCUAAGGCAUAAAAUACAUAUUGUGGCAAGUACUUCUACGUUUUCCUAAUUUUCUAAGAACUCCCAUCCAAGCUACUUCACAACAAAGUUCAAUCCUGUCAUUGCAAAGUGUUUUGAAGCAGCAUUUGUUGAAUUAAGGUGAGCGUUAAGAGACAAUUGUGUAAUUUGUGCUGCUGGCAUGCAAAUUAAGUAACUGCAAGUAAUGCUCUGAUUUAUUAGGACAAAUGCAUCAGGAGACAGGAAAACACACAUGCAUUCAGCUUACAUGAAUAAUGGCAGACAGAUUGUGAUAGAAAUGGUACUGAAAUCGAUCUAGGAACCAAAAAGCAGAAUCAAGCCCAAACUUUGGAACUGGUUCCCGCUGAACAACGUUAGUGGACACACACACUGACAACUACAGACAUAUCGGAUGAGUAGUUGUCCAUAAUACUUUCUAGUUCACUCGGAGGACAGGUUACAUUCAUGAGCAGUAGAUCAAUGUCUGCAAUUGGAGUAUGUGCACUACUGCGCUUGAAAAGUCAUUGCUGCACAGAUCGUCCAUAGAAGAAUCCGUGUGAAUUCUAACAAACUUGAACAGUUGACGAAAGUUACGUCACGCAGAAAGUGUAACACUGGCGGAACUGGUUCUCUCCUAGUUUGAGGAUGGAACCAUAAGAUGCAGGUUGAUCGUUCCCAUAAAGCCUCACUGGUGAGUGAUCACCUUUAGCUAGCAGUACCUCAGUGAACUCUGCAAACCGAUAUCAAAGAUCAGAACAUACUAACCAGGCCUGGGGUCACUUUUACUUAACUUCAGAUAUUUAAGUAUAUUUUGCAUGAAGAGACUGUCAUAUCGAAACGUAUAUAGAACUGAGAACGAAUGCUUCGUCGUCAAGUCAAUUUACUGUUUAAGGUUCAAACUGACUACAUCAGAAGUUUUUUUUAAAAAAAACACCACAGCUCUGAUAUGAAGUCUACAACAUGUGCAGAACAUACAGUAAACUGGUGCCUUGCUUUUGUGGUACACUUUCAUCUCCAUGUCUACUCAGUUUCCAGAAAAGUGCAUUAAGUUCCUCCACUGCUGCACUGUCUUUAUGUUCUCUCCUUGAAAAUGUUCUGAUUUUGUUUUUUAAACACAGAUUGCUACUGGGCAUAAAACGGGCCUUUGACAUGUCAACAUUCUGUCUUGUUUCUUUUAAUUUAUUUAAAUUAUGUGCACAUAUUUACACAUUAGUAAUAAUCUCAGUUAGAUUACGGAAGCCUGUAUUGUAAUGAAAAUGCAAGUGAACUUUUCUUCUCAUUCAUCAAUAAAGGAAAUUCUAUGGAAA